AUGGGUUACUCGGGCUUCGCCGCGUUCGUCGUCUUCCGCGCCCACGUGGACAGCCACGCGUAUUCCACGCCGACGUGUACGGACCGCCAGCCGCUGGAGUCCGCCGACCUACAUUCAUCUCGGAGUCGCCGCGGGCAGUACAUGGGGGACUUGUCGGUUACGAGUUGGAACGCCCAGGCGCUCUUCGCGACAGACAUGUUUCGAUUUGAGGCUAAGAGUUCCUACGUCAACAAGAUGAUGCUGAAAUCGGACAUCUGCCUGAUCACUGAGUCGCACGGCUCUGAGACGAGCAACUCCACCUGGCGUGCUCCUCUCGGUUCUACGGCCUGGUGGUCCGAGGGGGCCUCGCACGGUCAGGCCGGGGUCGGGGUCAUCAUCCGGGACUCGUUCCUGCAGCAGUUCACAGAAAGACCUCGGUGGGUCCACAUUUGGAAGGGCCGAGCUGCGAAGCUCUGCUUGCGGGGCCCCCUCGGCGCAUUGGACAUCGUUGUCGUCUACGGGCAUGCGGGCAGCCAUCGUGCGCCGGUCGAUUGA